UGGGAUCCUAAUGAAGUAAUCCACGCCCUCUUUCUGCGCGCCAUUCUUAUGUGCCUAGAGUUCAUGGCGUUCGAUCCUUCAGCACAGACUCUCGGUAUGGUUUUGAUCAUAGACUGUCAGGACUUCGCUGUGGAAAACGCGCUGUCAUUGAAACCUGGCCUAGUGAAGAGAGGAGUGGAAUACGUGCAGGACUGCAUGCCAUCAAGGAUUAAAGCUUUCCACGUUAUGCGACAAGGGCGUGCUUUCGACGUCUUCUUCAGCAUCAUGAAGCCUUUCAUGAGAAACAAGAUGGCCAGAAGGUUUAUAUUGCAUGGAGAAAACUUCGCGAGCCUCCACAAGCACAUUUCACCGGAACAACUACCUCCACAGUUCGGUGGACAGGCGCCUCCACUAGACUACGAUGCCUUCUGGAACAAAAUGGACGAAGUGGAAGACGUCUUCGAAAGAAAUGGUCGCUACGGCUACCCCAAGAACAACAACGGUGACUUCGCUACGCAGGAGGAAGUUGAAAGAGCUUUGGAGUUUCUGUGACGUACAAAGAACUCUGAGUAAAUAAUAAA